AUGGCCACACGGGGGCAGCAGCAGCAGUCACACCCACGGACCGAGGAUCUCCCACACGGACAGAGCCUCUCCAGGCAGUGUGACACCAGGAGUCUGAGCCGGAGGACGACCGGAGGGUUUGGUACUGCCUCCACCUUCGGCCAGCAGAAUGCCGGUUUUGGAGCGACAGGAGGAUUUGGAACGUCUGCGUUUGGGGCAACCACAAACACCGGAGGACUGUUCGGAGCCGCACAGACCAAACCAGGAGGAUUGUUUGGCGCCUCCACCUUCAGCCAGCCCGCCGCCUCCUCCACCACCACAGGCUUUGGGUUCGGGGCCAACACUGGAGCGACCACCGGUCUCUUCGGCAGCACCAACACGGGCACCACAGGGCUCUUCUCUCAGCCCAACAAUGCAUUUGGAGCAAGUAAACCCACGUCCUUCAGCAACUUCGGCACCAGCACGACGGGCGGCAGUAUCUUCGGUGCCACUAGCACCACAUCCAACCCGUUUGGAACCACCACGUCUCUGUUUGGAGGAGCCGGCUUCAAUGCAGCGGCUCAACAGCCCGGUACCACGGUCAAGUUCAACGCUCCCACUGGCAGUGACACCAUGGUGAAGGCCGGAGUGACCACGAGCAUCAACACCAAACACCAAUGCAUCACAGCCAUGAAGGAGUACGAGAACAAGUCCCUGGAGGAGCUGAGGCUGGAGGACUACCAGGCCGGGAGGAAGGGCCCCACUAACCCCAUGGCCCCUGCCACAGGCUCCAUGUUCGGGGCAAACCCAGCCACCUCCAGCGCCACCACCGGGCUGUUCGGAGCAGCUGCACCCAACUCCAGCUUCUGCUUCGGGCAGAAUAAGACCACCUUCGGCACCAGCACGGGGGGAUUUGGAGCCGCCACGGGCAGCAUGUUCGGUCAGCCUCAGCAGCCGCAGCAGCCAGGGCAGCCUCAGCAAACUGCCAGCCUCUUCAAACCCUUUGGACAAACCACCACGGCCCAGAGCACCGGCUUCACCUUUGGGAACACCGCCACCAUGGGCCAAGCCAACACCGCUAGCAUGGGUCUGUUUGGUAGCACCGCUCCAGCUCAGACCAACAGUUUGUUUGGUGCAGCUCAGACCAGCACCACCUCGGGCUUUGGGGCUAGCACUGGGCUUUUCGGACUAUCCAACACGGGCUUUGGAGCCGUGGGUACUCAACCCAGUAUGUUUGGAAAUAAGACUGCAGGGUUUGGGACCACCACAACCAGCGCGCCCUCCUUUGGCACAGGCCCCAGUCUGUUUGGGAGCAAACCUGCGCUGACCCUGGGGACCGCCAACACAUCUCUGUUCACUUCAGGGUUUGGCACUAACCCGGCCGCAGGAGGGUUGUUCGGAAGCAAACCUGCAACCGGAGGGCUGGGCACCGGGCUGGGGACGGGCUUUGGAGCAGCAGCUGGAACAGGACAGACCUCUCUGUUUGGAAACACCCAGAACAAACUGGGCACCACCCUUGGCACCAUGGGCACUUUUGGGGCCACAGGGUUCAACACUGGAGCAGGAGGUCUGGGCUUCGGGGCUCCGCAGCAGCCUGUGGCUCUCACAGAUCCCAGCGCAGUGGCUGCUCAGCAGGCUCUCCUGCAGCAGCAGCUCAAUGUCCUGGCCUAUUCUCCGUAUGAAGACUCUCCUCUGUUCCGGAACCCUCUGUCUGACCCAAAGAAGAAAGAGGAGCGUCUGAAACCGACCAAUCCGGCAGCUCAGAAGGCCCUGACCACGCCCACCCACUACAAGCUGACACCACGGCCGGCCACCAGGGUGCGCCCUAAAGCUCUGUCCUCGUCCGGAUCCUCCAAAUCUCAGCUGUUUGACGGCUUAGACGACGACGAGCCGGCGCUGUCCAACGGAGCCUUCGUCCCCAGGAAAAGCAUAAAGAAACUGGUGUUGAAGAACCUCAACAGUUCUCAGUACAGCAGUCCUCUGUCCAAGAACCCAGACACUGACCUGGCCUCCCCCCCUGAGUACCCCCUGAAUGGGAACAGUCCAGGGCAGCAGGAGGAGAUGACUCGGGAGGUGGAAGGCUUUACCUCGCGCCUGGACGAUGACCCGGAGGUUACUCAUUUCUAUGUGAACCCUAUCGCCAAGCCCAUCCCCCAGAGCAGACUCCAGCCAAGUCUGCAAGACACCAUCACAGACAUGAACCUGCACAAGGCCAGCUUGGAGCUGAGCAGUGAUGACGUGUCUGCGUCGCUGUUGGAGGAGUCUCUUCAUGAGGAUCGAGAGGAGGAGCUGCUGGAGCUUCAGCCUCCACAUCCUGCAGGCCUGGUGCUGAACCGCGUGGGCUACUACACCAUCCCGUCGCUGGAGGAACUAUCUGAGAUUGUGGACUCCAACGGGGACUGCAUUGUGGAGAACUUCACCGUGGGCCGCAGAGGUUACGGCUCUGUGUUCUUCCCUGGAGAAGUGAACGUGUCUGGACUGAACCUCGACGAAAUCAUCCACUUCAGAAGAAAAGAGGUCAUUGUGUAUCCAGACGACAAGAACAAGCCAGAGGAGGGACAAGGACUGAACCGGCGAGCUGAGGUGACUCUGGACGGCGUUUGGCCUAAUGAUAAGACGUCGUGCUCCCAGAUCCGCAGUCCUGAGCGUCUGAGUGAAAUGAACUACGAGGGCCGACUGGAGAAGGCCUCGCGGCGCCAAGGGGCCCGCUUCCUGGAGUACAGGCCCGAGACCGGCUCCUGGGUUUUUGAGGUCUCUCACUUUUCAAAGUACGGACUCCAGGAUUCUGAUGAAGAUGAUGACGUUCCACUGAAACUGGAUCCAAAGAAAAUGAAAACCACAGGGAGCGCUGCUGCAGGCGGACAGCAGCAGAGGGCGCCACUCACACAGCCUCUGCUCCCCUCCCCCCCUCCCCCCUCUGCUCUGGAGAUCGACAGUGACAUGGCCGACAUCACGCAGCCCCUCUCCUCUGACAGUCUCCACCCACAGGAAACCAGUGGAGACCAAUCUGAGCACAUCGCCACCUCAGGCUCCGCCCACAUCGCCACGUCACUGGGCAUCAACCCACACACGCUGCAGAUCAUGAAGGCCUCUCUUUUCGCUGAGGACGAGGUGUGUGACAUGUUUGAAGACCACAGACUGAAAUUCUCUGAAGUGCCCUCUCCUCGAACUCCAGGACGAACCUCUGUGGGAGGACUCCUGCAGAGCCGCUUCCUGUCCCAGCUCUCGGACUCUCCCCGCUCGCCAUCUAUGCCCCGCCCCCUCGCCAUCCCUCAGCUGUGGACUCCCCCGAAGGCCACACCUCCUCUCCCCUCCCUACCACAACGACCCCAGGACCACACAACAAUCAGGACUGUGGCGGCGCGUAGACUGGGAGGACCGGUGCCUCUCAAGGAGUCGGUCACUUAUAACAAGGGCGCUCUCCUGAUGGAUGCCGGUCUGUUCCGCGGCCGCUCCUUCCGUGUGGGCUGGGGACCCGGUUGGACCCUGGUUCACUCGGGUCAGACCCUGAGCUCUGAGUCCAAAGUCCUGGACCUGGAACCGGACUACAGCUUCCUGCCGCGGCCCUCGCACAAAACUCUGACAGAGUCCCCGUACAAAGUGUCGGUGGAGCGGGUUCUGGGUCUGGACUCUGGUCUGGACUCAGGCCUGGACUCAGGCCUGGACUCGAGCCUGGACCCUGAAGCCCUGCAGCUGCGUGAGGCCAUGUUGGAGCGCCCUCUACAGAUCUGCCUGAAGCACAGCAGGAUCCUGAGCUCCGGCCGCUGUCCCUUUGCUCAGCCACAGAACGGUGUGAGCGCCCUGCACGAGUACGCGGCAUGGGCUAAAGACGUGAGCGAGGAGCAUGGGUCAAAGCAGCCCGUGCUGAGCUCCUGGAGAGAAGCCUGGACUUUGUGUGAGGCUCUGUGGGGCCGGCUGGGUCUGGACCAGGACCAGGACGAGUCUGAGCCAGCGGGAGAGUACCAGCAGCAGAUCCUCCGCAGGCGAGCCUUCUCUGCCUGGCUGUCUGAGGGCGCCCUCUGCAGAGUGGAGAAGGAAGUGUCCAUGUCCCAGGGCAGGCACAUCGAGGCCAUAUUCAGCCUCCUGACAGGAAACUGCAUCAGCCAAGCCUGCCAGCUCGCCCAGAAACACGGAGACCACAGACUCUCCCUGCUCCUGUCGCAGGCUGUGGGAUCUCACUUCUGCAGAGAGCUGUUGGGGCUGCAGCUCGCUGACUGGAAUCGCACACAGACGGACAGUUAUCUGACAGAGGAACGUCUACGCAUCUACAGCCUGCUCUCUGGGAAGCCUGUGUGGCAGUCCUCAGACUCCUCUGUGAACGUUUGCUCGGAGCUCGACUGGAAACGUUCCGUUGCUGUUCAUCUGUGGUUCAUGCUCCCGCCCACCGCCUCCGUGUCGGACGCUCUGAGGCAAUACGAGCACGCGUUCCAGGGCUCAGAAGACUCUGGCAGAUACGCUGCUCCUCCUCUUCCUUCGUACCUGGAGUCUGAGAGUUUGGAGCCGGAGGAGGAAUCUGACCCACGACCUCUGUAUGACCUGUGCUUCCACCUGCUGAAGCUGUACAGCGACAGGCACCACCCCCUCCCGCCUCUCCUCGACCCGCUGGCCGUGUCCCCUCACCGGCUGGACUUCAGACUCAGCUGGCACCUGUGGUCAGUCCUGGAGGCGCUGAACUACUCCCACCUGCCCGAGUCCAGUGUGGGUCAGCUGCAUGUGUCCUUCUGCUCCGUGCUGGAGAGUGUAGGACUGUGGCACCUGGGAGUCUUUGUGCUCCUACACAUCAGGAGAGACAGUGAGAGAGAGCGUGCUGUGCGGCUGAUGCUGGAGCUGCAUUGCCCCCUGGAGGACACAGAGCAGUCACUGCGCACAGAGCGCUUCCUUACACAGACCCUGCUGAUCCCAGAGCAGUGGAUUCAUCAGGCGAAAGCGCUGAGAGCGCUGAGUCUGAGAGACACAAGCCGACAAGCCCUGCACCUGUACCGAGCGGAGGAGUGGAGUGAGUGCCACCGCACGCUCAUCAGGCACUGUGCAUCAGACUGUAUCAUAAACGAGCGUCUGGACUUCCUGCUGGAGUUCCUGGAGGGUCUGAGUGUUCCGGAGCGCUGUGUCCUGAUCCAGGACUGGGACUGUUGUGGGAGAGUGUUCCUGGACUACAUCCGAGUCCUGAAGACUCUAGAGCACAUCCAGCAGUCUGAAGCGGCCGACGGCGGGUUCGAGCUUGAACGUCUUUACACUGAGGUCACAUCUCUGUGUGGAAGAAUAGAACUGCUGCCCUGUCACUGCGCCAAGGACCGGCUCGCCCAAUCAGAGAUGGCGAAGCGUGUGGCCAACAUCCUGCGUGCUGUGGUGUCUCUGCAGCCAGGGGGCGCUGUGCUGCACUUGGCGCCUCACAUCAGCAGACUGCCCAUGCCUGAGGACUACAGCCUGGAGGAGCUGAGGGGCCUGACGCAGAGCUACCUCAACCAGCUCGUGCUCAGCCAAUAG